UCUGGGACCCUAUAAAAUCAGCCCGGGAGGGAGUGACUGCACCGCAUUGUACAGCAGCUGGGGGCAACAGGAUGGACAAGAAAUCGUUUGAGUCGGAAUUCCUACAGGCACAUAAUAAAUACCGGGAAAUGCACGGAGCCCCGCCCCUCCAACUCAGCCGCCAGCUCUGCCAAUCCGCCCAGGAAUGGGCCGACCAACUGGCCAAACUGGGCACCUCGCAGCACAGCGCCGCAGCUGAAGGAUCUAUUGGGGAGAAUAUCUACGAGAGAACUGGCAAGGAGCCGACAGCGGAUCACACAGUGGAUUCCUGGUACAGUGAGAUUAAGAAGUACAAUUUCGGGAGCCCGGGGUAUGUCCCCGGUACAGGGCACUUCACUCAGGUUAUCUGGAAGGAGUCGAAGGAGGUUGGAGUGGGAGUGGCCACGGAUGGAAAGGGGCGUCACUAUGUGGUGGGGCAGUACAACCCCGGGGGGAACAUAGACGACCCAGAGUCCUAUAAGCAGAACGUUCUGCCCGCCGGCUCUGCUGCAAAAUAGGCACCCGUUGCUAAGCAACCCCAUGGCCAGGAUAACAGAAUCUCCCCCGUUGCCUUGGAUACUGGAGUCACAAACUGGAAAUCUCUGCAUCUUCCUUCCCUGAAUGGACAAUAGAGGAAGAACCACCCCAGCGACCCUGAUACCCCACAGCCCCCCCUGUCCCACUGGGGCAAGAGCACCCCUCCCUCACCCGCUACUGACCCCACCCCUAGCCCCACCCUGAGUAAUGCUAAAUAAAUAUGAGUCGGAUCCAUGG